AUAUCUUCUAAAGCAAAAUUUCCAGAUUUUUCCAUGAUCUUUAAGUUGAGGGAAUUUGAUGAAGCUUCUUUGUUGUACUAAGAUUUUUAUCACUGUAGUGGUUUGUGCACUCCAGCUUGGAAUCAAUUGUAUAGGUUGUAGAAUAUGUAGUUGUUAGCACUCUGUACAAACUUGGGUAUAUUCUAAGAACACAAAUGAAUACUUAAUACAUUCAUUGCAUAAGGCUGAAACUUCUAUUAUAAUUUGGAAUCAGGUUGCUUCUCUUUAGUGCAAUGGCAAUUUCAGCUGAUGGCAUAUGACUGAUCAGUAUCCUGAAAUACAAAGGUGAUCCUUCUUGACUAGAAGCCAUCUGACUUCAUUUUACCACCAGUAAUUGUAUUUUCUGGCAGUUCCUGGACCCCAGUUUGGGAUUAUGGCCUAGUGAGAGCAAGCCUCACUUAGUCAUGCAGUGCUGGCAUGUUAAAAUCUUCAGCUUUCCUUCUCAGUAGUAGCACUGAUAGCACGCACCUUUAAAGGCAGUUUUCUAAGUUUGAAAACUUACCAAGUGGACUAACUUCAUAGUAUUUGUGAGCAUGUCAGUUGUGCAUUGUUGGGAGCUUUUCUAUGAGAAGAGUCCAGGCUGUAGGUUCUUCUUAAGUUUACCUUACUUAGAACAUCAUAAUGUAGAGUCACUGAUUUUUACUUUGUUGUGACUGAAAUUAAGUGCUUUGAUACUUUCUCUUUUCAGGUACUUCAGAAUUGACUCCUUCUUAAUACAGUGACCAUACAGGACUAAAGAAAAAUGGAUUUCUGUUUUCCAAAUACUUGGGUUUCUUGUGUGUAACAGCAUGGUUUGCUGUGAAAAGUGAAACAAGAGUCUUUCUGGACAGUUGAAAGCUAGCUGGUAGGCAUAGCAAAAUGCUUUGUCUGAGGCAGGUUUGCUUGUUCACACUGAGAUGUUACCAGGCUCGGACCCUGUGUAGUGAUCUGCUUUUAAGCCAGAUAAAUGACUGCACCCAUGAAGAUGAAGUGUUCAGCCUUGUUGGAAGAAACAAGGCCAGGCUUUCUGAAAAGCAUGUGGGAAUUGCAUUGAACAUGCUGUGGCAAUUGCAAAAAAAGAGGCCCUUUCUCUUAAGGACUAGUGACUAUGUAAGAAAUCACUCCCAGUUCCUUACCCUUUGCAUUUUGGCAGAAAGCAAGGUGGAACACAUGGAAGAUGAGGUGAUCGUGGACACCUUAUAUAGCCUACUGAGGCUCAAUGUUGAAGACCAUGUUUCUCUAGCAAAAGUGCUUGUUACAGAAGCAUGGAAAAGAUUAGAAAGGCUUAGUUUGCCUGCUCUGUCUAAAUUCGCUCUGUGCUUAUACAAGCAACACAGGCACUUCAGUCCCAUAAUUGGCCAAGUAGCUCAUAUUGUGGACAUGAAACUGGAGUCUAUACAGGAUAUAAGGAUCUUGUCAGUUUUGAUGAUCAGCAUAUCUGAAGUUAUCACAGAGAGUUUUCGAGAUCGAUUACUACACAAGGCUGAACAGCUCUUAGAAGAAGAGCAUGAGGUCCACUUCAACUAUGCCAGAAGAAUACUUCAGUUUCUCCAAAAUGUUAAACUGAGAUAUCAUCCGGUGCUAGAAAAAUGCAACAGGAUUUUCCUUGAAAGUGCCUCCCAUCUUGAUAUACACAGUAUUAGUCAUAUUUUUGGACUGUAUGAACAGCUGGGUUUUGACAAUGCUGAAUUUCGCUUGAUUGCUAAACAGCUGCUAUCUGAAACUAUAGACAAUUAUUAUGAUCCUGAAACAUUUACAAAAUUAUUUUUUUCUCUUGGGCCUAUGGCAGGAUCCAAGGUUAGAGAAAGGUUGCUGGUAACUGCAGUAAACAUGGCAGAGGAAUUUAGCAGUCAUCAAGUUUUGAUGAUACUGAAGACUAUGCGGAAAAUGAAAUGCAGAAAUUCUCAUCUACUCAAAAAAAUGGCUUCUGUUCUGCACAAACACUUGGAUAGCUAUCAUGUAUUGCAGUUGGUAAAGUUGACACAGUACUUGGUGGUGUUGCGUUGCCAGGAUCUGGAGCUGUUUGCCAAACUAAAAAUGUUACUAUUAGGUUACUUAAAAUCUAGUGUGAUACCUGCCGAUACUGCAGCCAUAAUUCGUGUUCUGGCCAUGCUUCCUUCUUUCCAAAUGGAGGAAAUGAUUAUAAACAAAGCAGCAGCAGUUUUGCCUCAGUGCAGACUCCAUCAUUUGAAUUGCAUUGCUACAGCUUUUGUCAAGUGGCAUCAUCAUGGCCAGUUGCACUGGCAAAACAGUUCUGAGCUAUGUGCCAAGCUUCUGCAAAAAUUAAAUGACUGUGGAUUUCAGAGGCUUCAGAAAACCAACAACUUAAAUCUUCUGUUGGAAGAACUUCCAUAUGUGAAUGGAGAGUGGUUUGAAGAAGUCCUGAAUGAGGAAGCUCUGGCCAUGUGUCAGCACUUGAUAGAUCAAAUAACAUGGGAAAAUGUUUUACCCUUGUCUUUUUUUCUCAUAAAAUCAGAGCACCGUUGUCCUGCAUUGUUUGACAGAAUAGCAUCUGUGACUGUUGAAAAUAUAGACAAGAUUCCCACCUCUGAAAUCUAUUUUAUUGUCUUCCUUUUCUCUGCUUUAAAUUAUGACCCUCCUGACAAUGAAGAAUUCUUUAAGAGUUGUAUCCAACAUCUUACUUCUAACUUGAGUCAUCUUGAAACUUAUCACUUGGUACUGCUCAGUCAUGUUUUGGCAAUGGCUGGGUAUUUUCCUCCAGUUCUGAUAACGACGAUAUUUAAUGUCUCUUUCCUACGCAAACUGGAUGCUCAACUUAAAGUCCUGCCUGAUACAAUGAAGCAGAGGGUCCACUCGAGCCUCAUGAAAUUGAACAGAGCAGUCUGUCUGGAAUGCCCAGAGUUUCACGUCCCUUGGUUUCAUGAGCCAUACUGCCAACGUGUCUUUCAUAACAGCAUGAGCCAAGUAAGUCCACAGCGACAGCAUAUUCACAGAAUGCUGACAGAGAUCUUAGGAGGAAGCCAUUUCUCAAGAAUAUCUGUUCUCACACCAUACUACUAUGAAAUAGAUUUUGAGUGUGUCCUGGAUGUAAAUAAAAAGCCUCUUUCCUAUAUGGCACAGAAUAUAGCUUUGGGUGAAAUGGGGGGAAUACACUUGAGACAUGACAUCAAGGAGAAAGGGAGAAAGGCCCUGCCACCAGGAGCUCAAAGAAUUGCUUUGGAAUUUCUUGAUUCAAAAGCUUUUAGCAAAGAUUAUUCACGUCAUCUGAAAGGAGAACCUGCAGUGAAAAAGCGACACCUGGAAAUGCUGGGGUACCAGGUUGUUCAGAUUCCUCACUUUGAAUGGAAUUCUAUGGUUCUGUCAACAAAAGGUGAACAGCUGGAAUACCUGAGACAGCAGCUGUAUGGAAUACAGUGAUAUCAGACAUGCAGUCUAAAGUGCUUUUAUAAAAACAGUUUAUGUACCAUCAAAUGUCUCAUAAUCCUGGAAUAUUUAAGUUUCAAAAAUCUAUCUGUAUCAGUUGGGUCAAGGCAUGCUAAGGUCAUCAGAUAUAAAGAGAUGUAAUCCUCAUUUCGUUAGGGAUUGCAAAAGGCAGGUCAGAGUGGGCUGUGAAGUUGUGAUAAGGAUGCUUAAAAUUUCUCAUUAUCUGGAAGCUAUUACAAACAUAUGAACCUGGCAGUUUUGCAAUCAAAUUACAUUAUUAUUUCCUAAAUAGAUAGCACAGAGGGCUAGCCAAACAUAAAACUCCAUGGAAAAAGUUGGAAAUACUAUUGACUAGGAGAGUGGAGGAGUCAGCAAUCUACUGGAAACUAUGUCUGUCCUCCAGCAUGUGACAGAAUGAACAGUUAGGAAUCAAACAGUAUCUGUACUCUGAAACCAAGAAACUGAAAUACAGAUUUUUCUAAGAAUAA